GGAAAUCAUAAGUAUUUAAUCUUACACAAGAUGUGCAAAGAAGAAUAAUGGAAGCUCCUGAAUACCUCGAUUUGGAUGAGAUCGACUUUAGUGAUGACAUAUCUUACUCAGUCACAUCACUCAAGACCAUCCCAGAGCUCUGCCGGAGAUGUGAUUCCCAAACCGAAGACAGACCAGUGUCUAGCUCUGGCUGGAAUUGUGGCGUCUCGACCCUCACCGCAAACACGCAGAAGCCCACGGGCAUCGCCGACGUGUACAGCAAGUUCCGCCCCGUGAAGCGCGUGUCCCCUCUGAAACACCAGCCCGAGACUCUGGAGAGCAACGAGAACGAAGACGGCGAGAACCAGGAAGCCGACUGCCGGAAAGGGGGCGAGCCCGGGCGGCCGGAGCGGCUCGGCGCCGAGGAUGGGGUCAGGGGCGUGGCCGGCAAGGGCGGCGAGCCGGAGCACUACGACCUGGACAUGGACGAGAUCCUCGACGUGCCCUACAUCAAGUCUGCCCCGCCGCUGGCCGCCUUCGCCAAGGCCGCUUCAGAGAAGAGGGUUCUGGGGCUGUGCGCCGCCAUCAACGGCCUGGCCGGCAAAGCCUGCGCCGCGGGAAGCGGGGAGAGCUCGCCCCCCAGCGCCACCCCGUGCUGCGUCCUUUCCCCCGUGAAGAGCCCGCUCUCCAGAAGAGCGCCCGCUGGGCUCCGGGACAGACGCCAGCCCUCCGCGGGAGACGCCGCCGGCUCGCCUCCCCUGCGCAGCUGCGGCUCCGGGUGUGAGCCCGAGAGCCAGAGCAGAGACUUCUCACACGGGCCCUCCAGCGACCCCCAGGGCCGCAAGACGGAAAAGACAGCGCCCGAGUGCCAGCUCCGCUCGUUUCACCCGCCACCCUCCACCGCCGAGCCCAGGCCGGAAGAGCGGCUCCACGGCCUGGCCUGGCCCGGCCCCCAGGGCCCCGAAGAAAGGACCGAGCACUUGAAGAAAGUCAAGAGCAUCCUGAACAUCGUGAAAGAGGGACAGAUAUCGCUCCUGCCUCACCUCGCCGCCGACGACCUGGACACCAUCCACGACGAGAACGGCAACAACCUGCUGCACCUGGCGGCGGCGCGGGGCCACGCGGAGUGUCUGCAGCACCUCACGUCUCUCAUGGGGGAGGACGGCCUCAGCGAGCGCAACGCGGACCAGCUGACGCCCGCGGGCCUGGCCGUCAAGAAUGGUCAGCUGGAGUGUGUACGCUGGAUGGUGAGCGAAACAGAAGCCAUCGCAGAGUUGAGUUGUUCCAAGGACUUCCCAAGCCUCAUUCAUUACGCUGGUUGCCACGGCCAGGAGAAGAUUCUUCUGUGGCUUCUGCAGUUCAUGCAAGAGCAAGGCAUCUCCCUGGACGAGGUGGACCAGGAGGGCAACAGCGCCGUCCACGCGGCCUCCCGGCACGGCCACCUCGGCUGCAUCCAGACGCUGGUGGAGUACGGCGCCAACGUGACCGCGCAGAACCGCGCCGGCGAGAAGCCGUCCCAGAGCGCCGAGCGCCGCGGACACACGCUCUGCGCCCGCUACCUGGUGGUGGUGGAGACCUGCAUGUCGCUCGCCUCGCAGGUGGUGAAGCUCACCAAGCAGCUCAAGGAGCAGACCGUGGAGCGGGUGACGCUGCAGAAACAACUCCAGCAGCUCCUCGAGGCCCAGAAACCAGAGGGCAGAUCGCUUCCUUCCUCACCCAGUUCCCCGCUUUCGCCAGCUUCCAGGAAGCCCCAGUGGAAAGCGUCAGACGCGGAGGACGAGGCGGCGGCCAGGAGCAGACCCGCCCUCCUCGAGGGGCCUCAGGUUCUCGGGAGCCCGGCGGGGGCGGCCAGCCGGGCCAGGGCCAAAGCAAAGGACGACGAUCCGGACAAGGUCCUCAGACAGCUGCUGGGGAAGGAGAUGUCGGAGCAGGUGUGCGCGCGGGAGAAGCUGACCCUGGAGUUCCAGGACGCCCAGGCGCCCUCCGGCAGCGCCAAGAAGACCCCCCCGGAGAAGAGGGAGCUGAAGCUCGCCCGACUGCGGCAGCUCAUGCAGCGGUCGCUGAGCGAGUCGGACACGGACUCCAGCCACUCGGAGGACCCCAGGGCCGCGCCCGCCAGGAAGGCGGAGAGCGCCGAGCCCGGAGACGGCGCCGAGGGCCCGCCGCUCGCCGCGAAGAAGCACGCCCCGGCGUCCUCGGGGCGCAGGUUCCCCUUCGGCGCCAAGGCCCCCAGACCGGCCCACGGCCACAGCCCCUCGCCCACCUCGGAGGGCAGCGAGCCCGACGGGGAGCCCCCCCAGCCCGGUCCCGACAGCCCCGCGGCCCCCAAGGCGGCCACGAGCCCCAAGAGCGCGCUCAAGUCCCCGUCCUCCAAACGCAGGACCUCGCAGAACUCGAAGCUCAGAGUCACCUUCGAGGAGCCGCUGGUGCAGGGGGAGCAGCCCGACCCGGAGCCGGGCGGAGACCGGGACAGGGAGAAGGGCAGGACCGUGCCGCCGCGGGCCCCGGCGGGGAGCGAGCCCGGGGAACCGCCCAGGAGGCCUUUCGGAACCUUCCGGUCCAUCAUGGAGACGCUCAGCGGCAACCAGAACAACAACAACAACUGCCCGGCGGCCCACCAGCUCAAGACCUCGACUCUGCCCUCGACCUCGCUCGGGAGGAAGACGCCGGACAAGGGAAACCCCGCGGGCCCCGCCAGCAGCGCGAAGAACAAGGCCGAGAUGUCCAGCAGCUGCUUCAAUCUUUCUUCUAACACACUGGUUGAAGAGUAUCUGCGUAACUCUGCACGGCAUAAUGACACCUGUAGAAAAAUGAAGAAAUCCAACAGCAUCAAGCACAUUGCUGAGCCAGAGUCCAAAGAACUCUUCUUGUAAAUCCCUUUUCUAAUGUCCUCCCUGUUCCCCACUGGACUUCACUGGAAAUGACUGGACGACCCACUGUGGAAAUGGACCCAUGAACCCCACGCCCACCAGCAAAGCAGAUCCAGAUGCCUUAAGUCCAUAUACAGUAUGCAACCAUAAUAAGAUACAUGUGUGGGUGAUGUCUGUGUGUGUGUGUAUAGAUACACA